CGUCUUGACUUAUAAGAUCAUGAAGCUUUGUAUACUUAUUCUAUGCAGCUUAAUAUGUCAAACCAUAGCACUUACUCUAUCUGCUCCGAGGAAUUUAGUGGUCACUGAAUCCAGAACAUUGUCACAUUCUCUCGAGCUCCGCUGGGACCCCCCUCUAAGCCAUGACAACGAUAUAGUUGGUUACACAAUCUUCUAUAUAAUCGAUACACCAGGAUCUCGUGGAAGAUGGGAGACAGAAUCAACCAAGGGAAACGAAACGUUUGCAAUGGUCCCACAACCUCACCAGGUUACUUCUGAGACUAGAUAUGUGUUUCGCUUACAAGCUCGUGGAAUAAACGGCGCCGGACCACCCUCCGACGACUUUAUUUUUGAUGCAAAUAAAAUUUUAGCAGAUCUCAAGACAAGUGAAGUAACGACUUCAGACAACGAGUGCAACCUCCCAAAAGAAUCUGGCCACUGUUUAGCAUACUUCAGGAAUUACUAUUACAACUCUGAACAUCAACAGUGCGAGGAAUUUAUCUACGGAGGCUGUGGAGGGAACAAAAAUAAUUUCAAAAGCAAAGAGGAAUGUGAAGAAACAUGUAUAAAGGAUCGUGUUCAGGUUCAACCAGGUCAAACAGAUAACGCUCCAUUAUCUGCUCCAAGAAACCUGGUAGUCACCGAGUCCAAAAUCUUGUCGCAUGCUCUUGACCUCCACUGGGACCCUCCUCUCAACCAUGGUGACGGUAUAACCGGAUACAUAAUCUACUACUCAGUUGAUACACCAGGGACCCCUAGUGAGUGGAAUGAGAUAGCAACUGAAGGAAGCGAAAAUUUCGCCACUGUUCCGGUGCCGCAUUCCGCAAAUGAUCGCAGUAAACUUGUGUUUCGUUUACAGGCUCAGGGAAGACACUCCAGUGGCCCAAUUUCUAAGGAUUUUGUGUAUGACUUUAAUAAAUUUUUUUCAGACGACAGAAGAAGUAGCUUUAAGAAUUUUCCAAGCUUAUGCAACCUUCCCAGUGACACUGGUCGUUGUUCAGCGUACAUCCAACGCUAUUAUUACAACUCUGACAUCAAACAGUGCGAAGAAUUUAUUUACGGAGGCUGUGAAGGGAACGAGAACAACUUCCAAACCAAGGCAGAAUGCGAAGAUGCUUGUGGAACAGAAGAGGAAUAUGACCACGUAUUACCCCCAAGAAAUAAUGUUCCAUUAUCGGCUCCAAAGAAUUUGGUGGUCACCGAAUCUGACACAGUGUCACACACUCUUGAUCUCUACUGGGACCCUCCUAUUAGUCCAGAUGAGGAUAUAAUCGGAUACACAAUCUACUACCUCAUUGACACCCCAGGGUCUCGUGGCGAGUGGAAAGUGGAGAAAACUGAGGGAAGAGGAACUUUUGCGACGAUCCCUCAACCGCAUGUCGUGACAUCAGAGAGUAGAUAUGUGUUUCGUUUAGAAGCUCGAGGAAGAAACAGCGUAGGACCGGCUUCUGAGGACUUUAUUUUUGACCAUAAAGAAAUUGUGGCAGAUUUAACGCACAGUGGUCCAUCAACUCCAACUAAUUUGUGCAACCUUCCGAGUGACUCUGGUCCGUGUCAUGCUUUAUUGAGGCACUAUUAUUACAACUCAGACAAAAACCAAUGCGAGGAAUUUAUUUACGGAGGCUGUCAAGGCAAUGAAAAUAACUUCCGAACUAAAGAAGAAUGUGAGGAGUCAUGUGGAAAAAAAACAACCGAAGAUGUCUCGACACCAGCAACUAAUGUUCCAUUAUCGGCUCCGAGAAAUUUAGUUGUUAAAGAAUCCCACACGUUGUCGCACGUUCUUGAUCUCCACUGGGAUCCUCCUCUUAACCAUGGCGAGGGCAUAAUCGGAUACACAAUCUACUACUUAAUCGACACUCCAGGGUCUCGUGGCGAGUGGAAUGUGGAGAAAACUGAGGGAAGUGGAACUUUUACGACGGUCCCUCAACCUCAUGAGGUUACUCCAGAGAGUAGAUAUGUGUUUCGUUUACAGGCUCAGGAUAAAAACGGCAUCGGACCCAUUUCUGAGGACUUCAUUUUUGAGCAUAACGAAAUUUCGAUAGAUUUGAAGACGAGUGAAGUAUUGAGUCCAGAUGGAGUAUGCGACCUCCCAAAGGUUUCUGGUCCAUGUCAUGAGUAUCAUUUACGACACUAUUACAACCCGGACAACAAAAGGUGUGAGGAAUUUAUCUACGGAGGUUGUGAAGGGAACAAAAAUAAUUUCAAAUCCCUAGCUGAAUGCGAAGAGAAAUGUGGAAGAAAACAUGGAGAGGACCGUGUUCCACCAACUCGAAAAGAUAAUGUUCCCACGACCAGUAAACCUGUAACUGGUGAUAUUUUCUGCAACCUUCCAAACGAUGCAGGGCCAUGUUUUGACUACUUAAAACGCUACUAUUACAGCCCAGACUACAAUCGAUGUCUCCAAUUUAUCUACGGAGGCUGCGAAGGAAACGAUAAUAAUUUUGAAACAAAGGCAGAAUGCGAAGACGCUUGUGGAGGGGAACAAGUCCAACCUCGUAGAACUUCGAACAUUUAUGUUCCACUGUCUGCUCCAAAAAAUCUGUUGGUCACCAAGUCCAGAGAGAAGUCACAUACUCUUGAACUUCACUGGAAUACCCCUGCCCAAGCAACUGAGGAAAUAGUCGGAUACGUAAUAUAUUACUCGUUCGGUACACCGGAGACGCCUAGUAGCUGGAGAGUGAUGAAAGUAUCUGGGAAUAACACCUUUGUCACAAUAUCAGAUCCUCAUUUAGAAAAUUACCAAAAAAGCCUCAUCAUCCGAUUACAGGCUCGUGGAAAAGAGCGCUUUGGAACAGUUUCUGACGACUUUGUGUUUGAAGUUGAAGACUUUGUGACAGGUAGAAAAGCCGAUAGUCAUUUAGAGGCAAAUACUUUCUGUCAUCUUCCAAGUGACUCGGGCCCAUGUAGAGCCGCUUCCAGAAACUAUUACUACAAUUCGGAAGACAAGCGAUGUAAAGUAUUUAUCUACGGAGGCUGUGAAGGGAACAAAAACAAUUUCAAAACCAAAGAAGAAUGUGAAGAAACAUGUGGAAGUGAAAUUCAUACUUCGAAUCACAAUG